AUGUCUGCUUACGAUACCUACCAGACUUCCCUCACGGGUCGAUACUGCAGCCAGGAGCUGUCUCACCUUUUCAGUCAGCGAUCUCGUCACUCAACAUGGCGCAAGCUCUGGCUUUACCUCGCUGAGAGUGAGAAGGAGUUGGGUAUCCCCACUAUCACUGAUGAGGCUCUCGAGCAGAUGCGGGCCAACCUCAUUGUCACUGAUGAGGACUUUGAGACUGCUCGUGUUGAGGAGAAGAUUCGUCGACAUCACGUCCACGCCUUUGGACAAGUUGCCCCUGCUGCCGCUGGUAUCAUCCACUACGGCGCAACAAGCUGCUACGUCACCGACAACACAGAGCUCAUCCUCAUGAGAGACGCCCUCGAUAUUCUCAUCCCCAAGCUGGCCAAGGUCCUCUCCAACCUUCAGUCUUUCGCCCUCGAGUGGAAGAACGAGCCCACUCUCUCCUUCACACAUCUCCAGCCCGCUCAGAUCAGCACAGUCGGCAAGCGAGCUGCCGCCUGGGCCCAGGAUCUCCUCAUGGACCUUCAGGAGUUCGAGCGCGUCCGAUCUGAGCUCAAGUUCCGUGGUGCCCAGGGUACCACCGGUACUCAAGCCAGUUUCCUCGAGAUUUUCGCUGGUGAUCAUGACAAGUGCGACAAGAUCAACGAGCUUCUCUGCAAAAAGGCUGGUUUCGAGGAGUGCUACGAUAUUUCUACCCAGACAUACACCCGAAAAGUCGACUGUCUUGUUGCCAACGCCGUCACUGGUCUCGGCACCAGUGCUACCAAGAUUGCUUCUGAUCUGCGACAUCUUGCCACCAUGAAGGAGGUUGGUGAGCCCAGAGAGAAGGGUCAAAUUGGUAGCAGUGCUAUGGCCUACAAGCAGAACCCUAUGCGAUCUGAGCGCAUUGCCAGUCUUGCCCGUGUCCUGCAAGGAAAGGCUGCCAACUUCCAGAGCACUCACUCUACUCAGUGGAUGGAGCGAUCUCUGGAUGAUUCCGCUUGCCGACGCAUGGAUAUCCCCGAGAUGUUCCUCCUCGCCGACGCCAUCACCAUCACCCUUCAGAACGUCACCGAGGGUCUCGUUGUCUUCCCCCUCAAGAUCCAUUCCAACAUCAUGGCUGAGCUACCAUUCAUGAUCACAGAGAACGUCAUCAUGCGCCUAGUAGCCAUGGGCGUGUCCCGCCAAGAGGCCCACGAGCAAAUCCGUGUCCUCUCCUUCGAGGCCUCUCACCAGGUCCAAAGUCUCGGCAAGCCCAACGACAUGGUCGAGCGAAUCAAGAACACCGAGUUCUUCAAGCCCAUCUGGGCUGACCUCGACGACAUGAUGAAGCCCGAGCUUUACAUCGGUCGCAGCGCUCAGCUUGUUGACAAGUUCUGCGGACCCGGAGGUAAGCUUGAGAAGAAGCUUCAGCCUUACCAGGAGGUCAUCCAGAAGGCCAAGGCUGCUGAGUUGAAUGUUUAA